GGCAAGGUCGAUAUCGACGUGAAGGAUAAGAUGUUCGGACGGACGCCGCUCUGGCGGGCAGCAGGGAACGGACAUGAGGCGGUAGUCAAGCUACUGCUUAGUACAGGCAAGGUCGACGUCGACGCUAAGGAUCAGGGCGGACAGACGCCGCUCUCGCGGGCAGCAGAGAACGGACACGGGCCAGUAGUCAAGCUGCUG